UUUCGUUUGGAUCUUCUGGGGAAGCCUCAAUCUUCUUUAAUUCCUUCAGUUUCUUCAUUUCCAGCUAAGAAUGUUGUUUUUGAUCGCAUGAAGAAACUCCACAACUCCAUUGCACUAACAAGAGCAUCAGCUGAAGGUUUGCUCGGCUUCCCAGUGAAUUAGACGAGGAUUCGAAGUUUGUUCCGUUGAAUGCCGAUUGAUCCCACAUAUGGUCCAUCUGCUUUAUUGUUGCUCGGAUUUGAAGUCAAUGAGGCAGAGAAGAUACGACUGUUCUUGAAAGAAUUAGAUGGUGAAUUCUUAGAGAUUAUUUACUGUACUGAAGACAUGAUUAAUGGUUCACUUUGGGAGGCCGUGAAUACUAGGCAACAUAAUUUGCCAAGAAUCUGUAUUUUCUCUGGUGUUAGUGGGGAGGACAUGGUUAUGUUCAUCGAUGCUUUCCCCGAGACUGGAUUAGAGCCAGCUGUAUUUGCUGCUCUUGUUCCCAACAGUGCUGAUAAAUAUGUUGCUGAGUUGAUAGAUGAAAUUAUGGGCGACCAUGAGAUGCUGACGAUCAGGCUCAACAUAACAUUGUAAACUACCACGACUGCAAUGGUGGUUUUCAGGGAUUUAAAUCCAAUCAUCUGAUGCGGAGACUAUUCAGAACAAAACAGAUACAUAAAUGCUGCAAUAGUGGCUGUAAU